AUGGCUCCUCCCCGCAAGCCCAGAUGCAACUUCAAGGAGUGCAAGGAGGCUGCUCAGCGGAUCGUCGGUGACUGCAGCUUCUGCGCCGGUCAUUUCUGCUCAAAGCACCGCAUGCUCGAGGCACACUCCUGCUCUGGAUUAGAGGACUGCAAGAAGGAAUCCCAUGCGCGGAACGCCGAUAAGCUAAACAGCGAGCGGACGGUCGUCGUCAAGGGUGUAUGA